GUUAGGCUGUAGUUCGGUUGGGUUUCCCGGUACCGAUGGUGUGUGUUGCGGGAUGUGAGUUCGUCAUGUUUGACGCCAGUGUUUGGCGGAUCCGGAGCAUCCGGGACUCGGUGAGACUCGAGAUUCACGACGAACCGAAUCCUGCGGUUCUGAACCGAUUCACUCCGCUGGACCCGGACACACCUCAGCUGGAGAAUGCGAGUCAGGAGAUCGGUGAGGAGGUGGAGGACGGUGCCGUGUUCAGCAUCACGCUGAGGAAGGUCCAGUUGUACCAGUCGUCGAGCAGAAGCCAGCGCUGGACGGGUCUGGACUCGGACUCGGGUCUGGGUCUGUACGAGACCUGUAAGCUGCGCAUCAUCAGAGCCGGGACGCUGGAGCGACUGGUGGAGAAUAUGGUGACGGCCUUCAGAGGGAACGACUCCACAUACGUCACCAUCUUCCUCUGCACUUACAGGACCUUCGCUACUACUAAACAAGUGCUGGACCUGCUGCUCAACAGAUACGCUAAACUGCAGCCGGGCGCAGAAUCGCGCAGAAUGACCGCAGACGAGCGAACGGAGCUCAGGAACACCGUCUCCUCCAUCCUGGGCGCCUGGUUGGAUCAGUACUCUGAGGACUUCUGGAAGCCCCCGGAUUACUCCUGUCUGAGGCGCCUGAUCCACUACCUGCAGCUCAACUUCCCGGGAUCUGACCUGGAGCGCCGGGCCUGUAAUCUCCUGAGCCAGUUCCACCGCAGACUCACGCAGGAAUCACACCAGGAGGUGUUGGAUCAGGCCUGCUGUGCCUUUACUCUGCUGGAGGAAAACGGAUUCCAUGAAGAUCGACCCGAUUUCCUGAGCUUUGACCCGACUGUAGUGGCAGAGCAGUUCACCCUGAUGGACGCAGAGCUGUUUAAGCGUGUGGUGCCGUAUCACUGUUUGGGAAGCAUCUGGUCUCAGAGAGAUAAGAAAGGGAAGGAACAUCUGGCGCCGACCAUCAGAGCCACGGUCAGCCAGUUCAACCGCGUCACCAACUGCGUUAUCUCCACGUGUCUGAGCGAGCGAACGCUGAAGAGCGGGCAGAGGGCCCGGAUCCUGGAGCACUGGAUACAAGUGGCCCGAGAAUGUCGGAUCCUGAAGAACUUCUCGUCUCUGCGAGCGAUCCUCUCCGCGCUCCAGUGUAAUCCGGUUCACCGCCUCAAGAAAACAUGGGAUGAAGUUUCUCGGGAAAACAUCCGCAUCUUCCAGGAGCUGUCGGAGAUAUUCUCUGAUGAGAACAACCACUCGCUGAGCAGAGAACUGCUGAUCAAGGAAGGAACGUCUAAAUUCGCCACUCUGGAGAUCAACCCGAAACGAGCCCAGAAGCGACAGCAGCCGCAGAGAGAUCUGACUGUAAUGCAGGGGACGAUUCCUUAUCUGGGAACUUUCCUCACGGAUCUGGUGAUGAUGGACACAGCCAUGAAAGACUAUCUGGACGGAGGCCUGAUCAACUUCGAGAAGAGGAGGAAGGAGUUCGAGGUCAUUGCUCAGAUUAAGCUGUUACAGCUCGCGUGUAACAAUUAUAACUUCCGGCGAGUCGCAGGAUUCGGGACGUGGCUCUCCAGUGUAGAGAAACUCUCAGAGGCAGAGAGUUACAGUCAGUCGUGUGAGAUCGAGCCGCUCUCGGAAUCCGCCUCAAACACACUGAGAGCCAAGAAGAGCUCGGGAAUCAUGAAGAGAUGGAGCGACCGUCAGCCGGCGGGGUCGGGCGAGGCCGGCGGCAGCAGCUCUGGCAGCUCACACUCCAAGUCUUUCGACCAGCUGCGCUUCCCGGUGUGUGUGAGCGGCUCUGUGUGUGACGGCGGAGACUCCCUCAGCGUGACGUCUGCAGGAUCCAGCAGUUCUGAUGUGGAGGAGCUCAACAUCAGCUUCAUCUCGGAGUCUCCCGACGCUCUGGAGAAGAAGACCUCAACGCCCUUCGCUAAAACACUCCAACUCUACCGUAGGGAAGUGCGGCCCUACAGGAGACCUGAUACCCACG